AUGAAAUUCGCAGAGCACUUGGCCGCACACAUUACUCCUGAGUGGAGAAAACAAUACAUCAGUUAUGAAGUAGGUCAUUUUACACAACGUCUUAAUGGGGAUGGUUUUUUUUUAUUUUUGACGCGGGCUGUAUUAAUGUGAAACAUUUCAUUCCAUAGGAAAUGAAAGAAAUGUUGUACGCGGCCAUUGAACAGGUACCAGCACCCGACCAAGUGGACGCAGAUUCAAUUUCGCGAUAUUAUGCCAAAUUUGACGAAAAAUUUUUCAGUUUUUGCGACAAAGAACUCGCUAAAAUCAACACAUUCUAUUCAGGUUUCAAACCGCAUUUAUGAUUUUGUUUGAUACCACCGGCCUUCUUUUUUUUUUUUUUUUCUAUUAUUAUGACAAAUUGAUUUCAUACGUUUUAUCACCUGUGCAUGUUACAAUCGCAUGACUAUUACCUAUCUACAAUAGAGUGUCCGUGUGUAAAUACUGGAUUAACAGUGUUAAUUAAGAUUUUAAUUUUUUGCACAAAAUGUUUCAAUUCAACACUCAUUUUUAAUCUAAUUCAUUUUUACUUCGAUAACCGUUAAUUAUGUUUUAGUGUAUAAAAUGGUAUAUUGUUUUUUGUUAUAGAAAUCAUAUAUGUCUACACUUUUGAAUUGAGUGAAGACAAUCUAAAAAUAAUUAUAAUUAUUAGUUUUACUUUUAUCUAUUUUUAUAAUUAUUAUAAUAGCAUGAACGAAUAGUAUAAUUAAUUUCAUUAAUAGAUAUUCUAAACUAUUAACUAGGUAAAGAAAAAACAAAAAAAAUAAUAAUAAUAUAAUACUAGUUACUUAUAGGUUAGUUGACCAAUUAAAAAAAGUAGCUACAUUUUAUGCGAUUUAAAACUAGUAAAUAAUAUACAACAUUAUAUUAAUAAAAUUAAAUAAAUAGGUAGAUAUAUUUAUUGAUUUAUUUUUAUAAUUUUUUUUUUUUUAUAAAUUUAAUCACUUCUUAUUAUUUAUUUCAUAUUGCUUGUUACCUAUUUCUUUAGUUACUUAUUUUUAAUUUAUUAGAAUAGUAAUAUUAUUUACACUAAAACUGACUAGAAAAUGUUAAAUAACAAUACGUUUAUUCAAUUAGGUUUCUAUUAAGUAAUAACUUGAAACAAAUAUUGUAAUACUGUUAAAUUGUAUUGCGUUUUCUUAAUCUAUUCUACAUUUUAAAUGUUUAUUUAAGUUGUUUAAAUUUUACUCACAGCAUGUAAAUCACAUUUGAACUAUUGUAAUUUACUAACUGAUUAAAAUUUAAACUUUAAAACACUCAAAUCUUGUUUGUAUAAUAAAUAACUCCAAACUUGUUAAAUGUUUCUACCUUUUUAAAUAGUGUAGUCAUAAGAUACUUAUAAAUACAUGAUAUGUAUAACUUUGUAUUAUACCUAUAGAAUUAUAUAUUCAUAAAGACGUACAUAAUACAAUACUAUCGUAAACUUUAAUUUAAAUUUUUUUAAAUAUAUUAUAUAGUUAUGAAUAAAAUAAGAAAAAUGGGAAUUUCGAAACAAAACUCGAGUUAAAUAUAAUAUAUAACUUUAAACAAAUUUACUUUUAUAAUUGUUUCGUAAAAUAUAGGAAGAGUGGAAUCCAUAUACAAAGUAACUUAAAUUAAUAUUUUUCAUGAUAAUAUUUAUUUAAACAAAUUUAAUACUCCUCAUAGGUAGGCGAAAAAUCUGUAUCUUUCAAAGUAUGACGUGUGAAAAUCUGAGCCUUUUUAAUAAACGAAAAAAAAAUGAUAUAUACAUAGAAAAACUACCCUACUCCCAUAGUCUAAAAAAAGUAAACAAAAAAUAUUGUGCUGCAAAAUUAAUAUUGUUUGAUAAUAUUUUAUAAAAAAAAAAAAAAAUACUUUUAUUAUUUAGAUUAGAGUAACAAAUUUGUAAUAGGUACCUCCUAGUUUUAUAAUGAGACCAUUGUAAAUAUUAUUUUCACUUGGUGCACUGACUUUUAUUGUAGAUGCUGCUGUAGAAAACUAACAUUACACAAUAUUCAACUAAAAGUGUAUACAUAUAGUUAUUUAUUUCCAAAAUUCAGAGACAUUAAUAAAUGUAUAUUGAUAUCAUUUUUGAAAUACCCCCUUAGGAUUUCAUUUGUCCCCUAACAAAUACAAUUGUCGACAAAAUAUAUUUAUUAAAUGUACAAUUUCAUAUAGAAAUGACCAAUGAAAAAAAGUGAGACCUUUAUCAGGAAAAUGUUUUGUAUUUAACACUGAUUGAUUUAUUGUGUACCUAAUUCUCAAAUCGGAAUCAAUCAGAAUAAAUAACAUCAAAAUGCAUAUAGGUACUAAUCCGAAGAUAUUUGUUGUUAGUUAUAGGUACCUAGGUACUCAUAUAAUGGUAAUGGGUAUUGGGUACACAUAGAUUAAAUGAUAAUGAUAUAUUAACGUAUUCUUGUAAAAUAGUAUUUUUUGGCCAAAAAUUAAAAUUAAGACAAACACAACCAUUGCGUGUAAUUUUGUAUUUUUAAAAUUGUAUAUACCUAUGCGAGUUAAUUUUAUUUUUUACAAAUACAAAUUUGAUGCCACGAAUCAUAUUGUUACCUAUACUUAAAGGAAAACGGCGUUAAAACAAAGAAGCCAGUGCGCAGCUAACGGUUGUUUAAAUUUAACGUAGGUACGUAUACCUACCAUAUUACCUAGGCAGGUGGGUAGAUAGGUAGGUAGGUAGGUAGUAAGUAAUAAUUUAUAUAAUAAGCUAGAAUAGAUAGAUAAUAAUAUUUUAUUUGUCCUUAGAAAUAUUGUUCUUAAAAAAUUUGAGUAUAACGAAUCAAGAGCAUAAAGAUAUUACAAUAUGUUAUUAAUAUCAACAAUUUCUGAAAAACUGGCAAGAUAUAAUGCUACUAUAUGUAUUUUUAAUCUAGAUGUAGAGACUUGUUGGCAAACAAACGUCCGUACGUAGGUGUAUUAUUUCUAUCGUUUGAUUCAAUUGAACAUUUUAAUAAUAUUUAAUAGUUAAAGCAAUUAAUUUUAAUUUAAUUUGUUUUAAAAUACAAAUUAAAUUACACGUGGAUGCACAGCCACACAUUGUAGCAGAGUAGGUAUAGGUAAAAUCAACUCAAACGAAUCUGCAUAAAUAAACCAUGAUUAGGACGCCCAUUAGUAUUAUAGCUAUCUAAGAACGGGUGACGCAUGCCUGGGCAGUUUUAACGAGUUUCGAAAAAAACGAAAAUUUAUCGACUUAAAAAUUAAAAUUCACUUUUAUAUAAAUUUAAAAACGGUGUACCAACGAUUAUUGGCGAUUAUUGGUCUUCCACGUCCUGUCUUUCCGUUGAUUCUUCCUUCGAUGGGUACCUGCUUAUAAAAACCUGGAAUCUGGAAGUAACAUUUUUGGAAUUUCGAUGAAAUCAUAGUUAUCUGUCGAUAAUUUUAUGCAUUUAAUGACUAUACCUAAUUCAAAUAUUUUCAGAUUUCGAUUUCCGUGAAAACCCGGAAAGUACAAUUUUGGAUUAUUGUCUUCCCAAAUAUUAAAUGUCCAAUCCACUUCUUUUCUUAUUUCUCUAAGCGUGUUCCUUAUGGUAGUGACUGAGUAGAUAUCUAUAUCUUACAAAUAACCUCUUGCUUUCUGCCAAUGAGAUACACACAGCUCUGAUUCUUCAGCACUACUUUUUUAUGGAUUCAAUUUUGGCUUUCUCAGUCAAGAGCUGUCGACUUGUCCACUUUAUCUAAUUGUAUAAACUUCAUGUCUUUGUGGUGAACAUUAUCUCAUUUCUGUGAAACCUUGUCUUGGUAUAUAAUUGAAUACUUGGACGAUAUACGACAUUAUUAUUAAAAUAAAAUAUUGUAUCUUAUACUAUUAUUUUAUUCGAUAACAUCGAUAACUUGCCCAUUACAUGUAAUAUAUUGUUAAAUAGAUAGCUCGCAUAUUAAAAUUAUUUAAUUGUAGACAUAAUAAAAAUGUAAUUACGUACAAAUAUCAAAAAAAUUUGUAAGUAUGAGUAAAUAAAUAAUGUUAUUAUAAUAGGGGCCCAUUAUUAUUAUUAUUAGUAGUAAUAACAGUAAAUAAUUACCCGAUUCACGAUGCGGUUAACAUUAUGAUAUAGGUAAUAAUUUCAUGGUUGGACUUGCGCGUUAAGGACAUUUUAGAAUUGAACACGUGUAGCUAUUUUGUUAUUUUAUUUUUAUCGUAUUUUUGUGUAAAAAAGUCCUCUAUAACUGAUAUAUUGAAAAAAUUAAAUUUGGAUAAUUUAAAAUGUAUUUGACUACCGUUUUUUUUUGUACACUGUCUACUACACUAUUUAUGUUUUGUAUCGCAUAGAUUUGCACAAACGUUCGUUUCGUAUUGUAUUAUUCAAUUAAUAUUAUUUCUAAUUCGCAUCAUGUUCAUAUAGUAAUUUAAAUUUGUAGACUUUAUAGUUUAUACCUAUAGUAAGUAUUGUUCUUUGGUAAAACAUUUAACAAAUUGAAAAACAUUUUAUACGAGAAUCGAAAAAAAAUACGUAAUCAAAUAUCACAAGGUUUAAUAAUAAAUAGGUUUUCUAAAAAUAAAAUAUUUUAGCGGCGUACCUGCCUAUAAAAAUGUAUCAGACGUUGCAAUGAAAUUGUGGUAAGUGGUACUCGGAGAAUCAUUGUUGGUCAAAUGAAAACGGACAAAUAUUAUCAGGGCUCGAAUUUUAUAGCAUUUGCUAACUAUUAUAGGAUGUAGAUACAAAUAGCAAAGUGAGCUUUACAUUUGUUUUAUGCACCAGGGACCUCAAAUAUGCAAUUUUAUAUUGUUAUUUUCUGCUACUAUUUAUAAUAUAAUGAUUUAUUUUGUAUUUUUCAUAAAUAGUAGAAAAAAUAUGUCAUUCAUGUGAAUCCACAAGAAAAAUACUUAGAGUUUCAUUUUAUAUUAUAAUCUAUUUUUAAGUAGCGAGGCGUAUUGACCCAUCGAACAGCCUACAUUUAUGACUUCUUAUCAGUAAGUUGUAUUUAUAUAUUAAAAAAAAAAAAAAAUUAAAAAUUAAAAUAAUAAACACAUUUUCUUUUUUGAUAUUUUUCAUGUUUUUAUGGCAUACUAUAGCGCUUAUUUUAAGACUUGUCAGGUCACAUCUAGCGCAUAUUUCGGUUAUUUUUAGUGCUAUAAAAUCCGAGCCUGGAUUAUUCGAUUAAAUGGUUCGCAGUCCGCAUACAUUGCAUAUAAAAGAGCGUUUAUAGACCAUAGGUACCAAUCAUAUGUAUAUAUAUAUACAUACUUAUUAGAAGUAGGUACAAUAUUGAUUUUAUUUUCUAGUUUUUUUUUUUUUUUUAAAUUCCAUUUCCUUAACAAUUUCUAAGGACUUUUGAGGACUCACAAAUGUUCAAAUACUAUGUAAUAUUUACUAUAUUUUAUUGUCGAUUGCUUAUCAUUAGGGCUGUGAAUUUGUAGGAAAGUGCAUUUUUUUUAGGUGAUUGUGAAACGCAGCUUUCUAAGUACAUAAUUUGAAUCAUGUAACAUCAAAUUCAUUUAUGAAAGUUUUAUUUCGCAUUUUACGACGUUUUUAAUUUCAAGGUCAUUUUUGGAUUUUCUAAUUAAUAUUUUCCCUUUUAUUUCAUUUUCCAGUAUUUUUAAUCAAAUUCGGUCAUUGACAUUUGUACACACAUAUUUUUUGUUUUAUACAGGCUGUAUAUACUUUAAAUUUAUAUUUUAUACAAGCUGUAUACAGGUUAGGUAAAGUAAUAAGGAUUUGAUAAAAAUAAGUUAGGAGCUAUAUAGGAGUUCUAUUUAAUAUAGAGUUGGACAAAGAAAACUCUAAACUUUCUUUUUUGAAAAUUCUAAAUAUUUGUGUAACUCAAAUUGAAUUAUUUGUGUUUAACAUAUUAUUAUAAUUCAUUUAUUACUUAUGUCCCUUAUACAUCCAAUAUUAAUAAAUUAUAUAUUCGGUUAUUAAAAUAAACCAACAGUUCUUGGAUCAUAUACAUUUGCCACCCCUAGGCUAUGGUCUCAUUCCUUUGUCACUCGUUAAACGCAGCUCUAUCGGUAGGUAGAUAACAUUGAAUAUUUAUUAUUUUUUUUUUGUUAAUAAUUACUCAUUUUCUGGCAUUUCUAAUAUCGAAUAUUCCGAUAUUUGAUACCGAUUUAAAACCGAAUCUGAUCUAAUAUUUGAAAUCGAAAACCGCUCAGUUAACAUUGAAAUUAUAACCGAUACAUCGGUUAAGAGCCCGAUUUUUCAAACGCUUUUUUCAUGUUCCAUGAGACAUUACAGAUAUUUUUCUCAGAAAAUGUCAGUUUUUAAAAACCCGAAGUUUUAUGUUUCAAUAUCCUUAAUAUACGGUAUCAGCGUGUGCCGUUGCUCCCCACUACGGAGCAUCACGAUUGCGCUCGUUUGACAUUUUUACCCUCGAAAAAAGCAACACGAUUUCGCUCCACAAAAUGUAGGUUGUCCUUUUUACCUAUCGCAAAUACAAAACGAUUGACGCUUUGCUAAAAAUUAUGAUCAUACAUGAUAUAACCAUUAUUGUUCCCAUAGGGUUUAUUACAUAUACGCCCUAUACUCUCAACAUUACUCACAAAUAAUUGAAAAAAAUGUAUAUGAUAUUAUUAUCGUGACUAGUUCAAAACCACGUAUGUGACUAAAACCGAAACAGCAAUAAAAAUUGUUUGAUUGUAUUUAUUUCAGUAAUUUGUGUAACUCAAAAUUUCACAAUUUUCUUACGGUACAUAUUACAUUAUUUUUAAAAAUGUUUUGAGUGUUUUGUUUCAAUAAUUUUACUUUACUUUUUGUAUCAUUGGUAUUAUCUUGUAUAAAACAUUAUGUGAAACAAUUUUUAGACCAGCCAUCAAUCGUGUUGUAUAGGUAUGCGGAGGGUAAAAAAGGACAGUACCUACCACUUUUUUUAACACCUAUUUUUUUGGAGCGCAAUUGUUUUUCGAUACUUUGCAGGUAAAAAUAUAAAACGGGCGCAAUCGUGUUACAUCCUCCCACCCUCACUACCUAUUAUUGCAAUUUUGUAAUGUUGCUUAAUAUCUGUUGCGUUAUAGAAAAAUUGGCAGAAGCGACCAGGAAAUUUGCUAAUCUUCAGAGUGAUUUGAGAGAGGCCCAAGAUGAAAAAAUCAAACCUAAAGACGCCAGCGGGAAUUUGAAGCCGGUAAGACGGAAAAUAUUGCGAAAAAACACGACGACGCGCAAAACGCAAGAAUUGAAAUUGGCGUUUAGCGAAUUCUAUUUGAGUUUGAUACUGUUGCAAAACUAUCAAAAUUUAAAUUACACCGGCUUUCGGAAGAUUAUGAAAAAACAUGACAAGGUAUGUGUCCGACGAAAAAUGACGGACGAAUUAUAAUAUAAUAAUAUGAUGUGUGUUUGAAUAAAUAAUUGAAAUGUUUAGCCGUCCCAAGGUAUAAAACUGCGGUUCGCGGUAUUGUGAAUUGAAUUACCCUUAACGUCUGACAGACUCACACGUUCGAUAUAAUAACAUUUAUCCGAAGUCUUAUUAGUGGUAAAGUUUAUGUUCCCGGGAAUUUUGAACAAAUUACCUCUUGAGUUCCUGUAAUUUAUACCAGGCCAUAGGAUUUAUUUGAUCAUCAUGCAGUGAAAUCGAAUUUAUUGUAAAAAUUACUGUAUUGUUCGAAUUGUGAAACGCAUUAACACGUCUAACGAGGCUAUGUUUUGAAUAUGUCAUAGUUAAUAAAGCGAUAGAUCCCAAUGGACGCUUGUAAAGUCGCCCCUACCCCUCACACGUUGUCCGAUUUUCAUAAAAUCUUCAUGAAUAUUUUGAAAAUGAUUUGCAAAUAUUUACAAAACUGUUUCAAGAAUUUGCAAACCAUUAUUUUGCACGUGAGAUCCUUCUUUAAGUAGCGGGGCAAAUUCAUGCGGCCCCUUCAUGUUGUCCGAUUUAAGCCAACCUUCGCGGAUAUUUCGCACAUAUUUUUACAAUAUUUGCAAAUUAUUAUUUUGUCCGAUUAUUCUACUUACUAGGUAAUAGGCGCUACAGCUACUGCCUCUAGAAUAUUAUUAUAUAGAUCAGAUCAAAACGAUUAAAUAAUGUGAUCUACGUCUUCCAUACGGUGCGAUUAUUCCUCGUCUAAAACAAUUUGAGUCGAGGAAACGCAGCUCUUUUAAAUACCUUAACUAGGUACGCAUUUAUCAUAUUUUUUGUUUUCUAAACAAUACAAAUAUAAAUAUCGGCGGGGGAAAGGGGGGAGUUGUAGAUAAAUAAGUUUAAUACGCUAACAGUACACCUACUUACCUAACGGACGAGUUUUGUCGCGUUUAAGUUGAUGUGUUCCGAAGGCGGUUCGGGAGGUCGUUGGAGAUCGGAAGUGGUGGAGAACGCGCAUUUCUACUGCAACAAAGACAUCGACCGACUGAUCAGCGAGACCGAGGCGACCGUCACUCAGGGAUUGGAGGGCGGAGAUCGGCAGAGGGCCAUGAAGAGGCUGCGAGUGCCACCGCUGGGCGAACAACAAUCGCCCUGGAUCACGUUUAAAGUGGGCCUGUUUUCCGGCGCUUUUGUCGUCAUGCUCUUGGCGGUCAUCAUUACUGGUGAGUAUAAGGGAGGUCGAUUUUAUCGCUUUUUAAUUUAUAACAUUGUGCCACCAGGGGAGGGUAGGUAGUGUUAUUGUUAAAUGGAAAUAUUUUUGAGGGUCUACCAAAAUGAAAAAGAAUUUGAUCGAUCAUUUCGCUCGCAUGUUAAACACAGCGAUUUACAGAACGUUAUUUACAUCUAUUAAAACGAUAAAAAUCUACAAGAUCCGCAAGCAAAUUGUUGGCUCUUCGCGGUAUUAUCGUAUUGUUAAAAAUAACAGUAAUAAUCAUUUUUAAUUUAAUCAUAUUUUAAUUAUUUAUCACCUAUUUUGUGAAUUUAUUUUAUUAUUUUGUACAAAAAAAAAAAAAAAAAAAAGGUAGAACCUGUUCCUAGAAGGGCCGAUGGAGCUGCUUUAUCCCCCGGUCUUGCUAGAUUGCAUAGGCUUCUUCGUGCCGCAAGACAAUAGGCGCAAGACGGAUUUAUCCGCGACGCGAAGCCAACAUGUGCACAUGUGCAAAUUCUCGUUUGACGGGCGGUGUCAGUACUUACCCGCCGAGGACGUAUCCGGCCAGAGCUUCGAAACACUACGGGUUCGGCUCUCUCCGCGUGGUUGAUCGGGGAGUUUUUCGCGCUCCGACCGUCAGGUCGCAUCGUGGGAUGUCCACGGUCAACCCACUUACCUCCGGCAACGGUGGUUGUGUUAUCAAACGCGUGUCGGUAGGCUCCUGUCUGCCUCCGCGAUUCGGACUGAUCAUCCAUCCGUCGGUGAUUGGGUGUCGGAACGUGCUCGACUUUUGACAUUUAUGAAAAGUAAUCCGGGUGGUACUCGAAGCCCCGGUGUCGGACCUCUUGCUCGGCGCAGAACGGGAACCCCGUCGCCGGCCGCAGACUCGCGCCGUGCUCGGCGUCGGGCGGUUGGCUUCGGGCGGGCUUGUGAAUUUCGUUGGACAGUGAUUAAAUAGCCAGCGGUCACCCACCCGACGGCCACCGAAUCUCGAGCAGACGGACGGCUAGGUGAUUCGGGGUGCGGAAGCUUGGGCCGCGUUUUGAUGCGUUGAUAUGCAUCCGGGGUUCGCCCUGAACCCCCGGGGCUCGUGAGUAGCUUAUAGCUACUCCUAUUAGCUCUAUUAGCUAAUAGACGGUCCCCGGUUGUACAGUUGCUGCAUUUAUGCACGGAUUGAAAACUAGGACCCCCUGCAGUCACAUUCGCCUGUUACACCGGUCUCGUUGACAUCGACAUAGACGAGGGCCUACUGGGAAAAUCCCUUUUUCCCUAUGGGCCUAUCCACCCCCGCGAGUGAACCUCUCGCACUCGAAUUUCGGACGGUUCUGUUUUUUCCCCAUAAUUAUACCUACCCCGGUGUUUCUUUGGCCCUGAUACCGGGUGCGUGCAGACGGCAAUAAUCGUUCGCUAGAUAUGAUAUUUCGGUACUUUGCACGGGCCGUCGCCGGAAUUUUUCAAUUUUACCGCUGUAAAAGUGUAACGUAUACGGCGUGUGAAAUUUGGUAAAUUUAUUGAAGUCUUUUUUUUUUUUUUUUUUUCACACGCGCAUUAUUGCGCACCAGGCAUUGCCCACGGAGAUACGAACACUGACUGGAGGGUGAUGGUCAGACUGUACAGGGGACCGCUGCUGCUGGUCAUAUUCCUGUUUCUCAUGGGCAUCAACGUGUACUGUUGGCGUUCGUCCGGCGUCAACCACGUGUUGAUAUUCGAACUCGAUCCCCGGAACCAUCUCACCGAACAGCACAUCAUGGAGCUGGCCACAGUUUUCGGCCUGGUGUGGGCCGGUUCGGCACUGAUUUUCCUGUACAGCGAGGCACUGCACAUACCGCCGUACAUAAACCCGCUGAUCCUGGCCGUGCUCAUGAUAGCGUUCCUGUUCAAUCCCACGAAAACGCUACGGCACGACGCCCGUUUUUGGGUGCUGCGCGUGACGGUAAGUAUCGCAUUUAUUUUAUUCGCUUAGCCGCCCUGAGUUUUAACGAAUUCAUACUACCGCGUUGAUUUAUAUAGGAUGACGUCAGCGUGAAUACGUUUUUGAAAAGAAAAACCUCGCUUCGCAAAAUCGUUUCGCCUGUGAUUUUGCCGAAUAGGCCAUCGGCAUAAUUGUAUUCUUGCGGUGAUUUUUACUGGCUUACACCGUAACGAAACCAACGUUAAAAACGUCUACAGUAUUACUUCCCCUAUCUUGUAUGACAGCCGUACUCCCAACGUCUGUCCCGCUCGGAUCGCGGCCUAAAACGUAUAAAGUCUAGUCGGAUUUAUGGAUUUAGCGUAAAACGACUUUUUCCUCCCCUUUGAGCCGUGAAUCGGGCUGAUAGUGUAAAACGUCCCACUGCGAUAAUUACAACUAGAUACAAAAUUUUAUCGGAAAUAUUAUACACGUAUUUUGUCAUUAAAAAAAAAAAAAAACCCCGGAUUUUUCGAGCGUAUAAAUAAUUAAUAUGUCGCCAACACCUCAGAAUCUGGCUUGUUACUCUGAAAUCAGUGGCCCUAAAAUCAUUUUGAACGUCGAAGGCACAUCGAUAGGAUUCCUGUUUUGCGUAAACCAUUUUCGCGAUUACACUUUGAUAAUCGUUCACUUGUGACACGAGACCACUUUUACAUUUAUCCGAAAGGCAGAUUGAAUAUUCGAGUAAGUCGAUCGAUUUGUCGAAUUGUCAACAAUUAAUCGUUAAAAUAGCCUACACACGGCCCCUUAAAAUAAUAUAUUGGGGGGCGUGGGACGUUUUAAUAUUAUUUCGAUUUUUCCGUUCGUUCGGGUUUCGCGAUAAAUCGUAAUGCCGUUAAUGCGAUGGACGUAUAAUAUGCCCGCGUCGGAUACUCACACUCGUAAGUCGGGUGAACGAACCACGGCACUAUGUUACGAUAUUAUGCGCUUGCUGUAUAACAGAAUAUUUUACCGAACGUCAUCGUUAAUGAUGAUCAUCUGACGCAUCGUGCGAUAAAAUCUAAAUGAAAUUCCGAUAGAAAACGACGACGGCGACACGAUUCAUUAAAUCAUUUACAGAGUAGUAUUUUUAGAUUCUCGUAUAAUAAUAUUCUAAUUAGGCGGGUAUUGUACAUUUUCGUUGAUACCGCUGUAUUGAGAAUUCGUAUACGAUUAUAACGAUGUAUUUAUGAUGCGUUCUUUUAGUUCCGCAGUAAUAUUGUCGAUUAUCGUAUAUGUUAACGACCGAAAAAAGUUCAAAUGUUUAAUGUCGUCCGCGUGUAUCUCGGUAUGAUGGUAUUCUUAAGUGUCCAGUACAGUCCGGUGUUCGGAAAGAAUGCGCUCAUUGAAUUUACUUCCUUCAUUGUAGAGAAGUCCGAUUUUAUGAUCGCAAUUAUCUACGGAUUCAUUAAUUUUACGUCGGAAUGACUGGGUCGCGGCGACGAUUGGCCAGAAACCGACCGCAAUUCUGACGACGAAUGAAAUUGUUCCGGAUUUAUUGCGUAUAAUCAUUGACUUGUACAUCUACAUCCCGAGGACACGCGAGGCGUUGGAUUACGAUAGAUUGAAUUAUGUAAAGCCUGGCGUGAGGAAAAGCAAAUUUGUGCUUCGAGGACAGCCAAUUAAAACACUCCAAUUAUUAUCUCACGUGUUUCUGUUCUCAAAAUGAAACUCCACCCACCGGGAUGCGUUUUUAUGCUGAAUAACGUUCUGUAUGUUCUGUAAGUCUAUGCGUAUAAUAUUGUACCGUCUGGACAAUGGAGAAUAAUGGACUAGCCACGGUGAUCCGGUUAUCGAAAUAGUUACAGAUGCACAACUGUGUAGGGUUCUAAAAUUGCAUGACAUUUAUAUUUUUGAAAAAAUUCAUAAGAGUUUCGUGAAAUAUUUUAUUUUGACGGAAAGGUCAAAAAACAAAACUAUACAAUUUAUUUUAGAUUCGGAGAGUAGCGGGUAAUAUAUUGGUUUUACAAUGAUGUUUAUUUAUUGUUAUUUUUCUUAAAUCUGCAAACAACUUUUCUACCCGAAUUCUUGCUUUGAUUUCAAAUGUAGUACUUUUUCUGACAUGUUAUUUAGGUAGUACUUACUAGGAAAUCCAUUUUUUUGAUUUUCCGUGUGGUUUUUCUAAUAAUUGAGAAAUACCAGGAAAAUGUACGCACAUGUAUAAAAGAAAUUUCGCUCCGAAUCGUUUUUCAUUUGCAAUGGUUUAUCAUUGCGUACAGAUAUAAAUUAAAUUUCUCUCUGUAUUCUACCUUUCCAAAUUCUCACCUACAACAUUGGUCCACCCAUCGUGUAAAAUGCGUUCAUAAUUUUUAAUCUAAAACUCAAAUAGCAACGACGGUAAACAUUUACUUAAAGCACUGGUCCUAAAUCGUAGCCCGUGGCUUUUUAAAAACUGUUAAUAACAGAAUUGAAAACAUCUAGAAUUAAUAAUAGCCUUAACGAAUAUUGAUGAAAGUGAAUACGGAUGCAUGUAAUAAGGAAUUAUGAAUGUAAAUCCAUUAAAUUUUUAAGCUCAAGACUGUGAAUGGGAACGCAUUCGUUUGCAUUAAUUUUACAUUUUGUGUGUUUUAGGUACGCAUAAUAUUCGCCCCGUUCUUCUACGUGGGAUUCGCCGACUUUUGGCUGGCCGACCAGCUGACGAGUCUGGUGCCGGCGUUACUGGACUUUCAAUAUCUCGUGUGUUUCUAUUUGACCAACGACAAGUGGAUGUCGAAUAAAAGUAAAUUUCUCGUUUGCGAUGCACACAAUUAUAAUUUCUACGGUAUUGAGGGAAUCUGAAACGGAACAGAAAUUCUCUUUUAGUACCUAUCUAACAAAUCGGAGUUUAUUAUCGAUUCAUUUUCUCCAUUCGCUCGUGAACGGAGAAUGUCCUAAGGUUGUUAUAUAAAACAAUAUUGGAAUACUUGAGGUUAUGUUCAAAGAAUUAUUUUUUUUAUCAGGUGUAUGAGAGAACUCCCAUCUAAUUAGUUUCUUAUCGCAUUCCAUCACCGCCGGGGUUAGCGAUAGUGAUAGCCUUAAGUGCCGUUUGUAUGUGUUCUGAAACGUUAAGUUAUGAUGCCGUUAUGCCGUUUUGAGUUGUGCUGUUUGUAUUUUAGGAGUGGGAUAUAUGGUACUUACCAUACCUAUUUUUACAAGUAGUUAUUUUCUUUACGAUAGUAAAUAUUCGUUUUUAUUUUUCAAAAAAUUUCGUUUACAGACAAUCUCUUAAACAUCACAGGGUAGUUUGAGACAUUGAGACGUGCUCCUAGAAUCUUAGAUUAUAUCUUUUAAUAUAAUGAGGGUGACGAAAACAUAUAUUAUCUUGUCACAGCCAUCGACAUCGACGGGAGCAAGUGCGUAGAGCGCGUGUGGCUGCUGCGGCCGUUCGUUGCUUGUUUGCCUGCGUGGUUUCGGUUUAUGCAGUGCCUAAGACGUUACCGGGACUCUCGGGAGACAUUCCCGCAUCUGGCCAACGCCGCCAAGUACGCAACCACUUUCUUCGUGAUAACGUUCUCAUUUCUGAACCUCCAGUACGCGAGUAAGUGAAACAUAAUACUUAAUAUAAUUAUCUUUGAUCCCAGAGAAGAAAAGCUCAAGUCUAUUAUGUAUAGUUUUCAAUACAAGCAAAUUACAUGUUGAGAACUUUUAAAUAGCAUAGUGGACAAAAUGCUAAAUGGGUGAAUAAUUCCUGCAUCAUUGAUUAAAUAUACUGGUCGUUCUUUCUAUUGAGAUAUUUAUAGUACUAAUUUUAUGUUUCUAUUUUAUCCAUUGACUUGGACUAUCUAUGUAUAUUUAAUCAAUGCCUGUAUAAUACAUAUUAUGACUUAUAACUUUUUUGCCAAACAAAAAUUACAUCAAAGUGGCUUACAAUAUUUACAUUUUUAGUAUAACACUAUAACACACAUAUUAGGAUAUUCACACAUUCAUAAUAAAGUAAUUUAAGUAAAUAAAAAAAAAAACACCCCGGAGAGAAUAUUUAUUUAAAUUUAUAAAUGAGAAGUAUUUCUUUCUUGUUUGAAUCAAAGUAUUUCCAAGAUCCGGAAUCAUCUUUACGUCUUUAAUUUUUAUAUUUGUACUUAUUUAUACUUAAGAAUUAUGGAUAUUUUGAUCGCUCCCCUCUCAAUGGCGCGCUUGGCAGAACUUCUAUAAAAUAAAGUAUUUGAGAAAAGGUAACAUUACAUUUUUGAAAUCAUAAACCAAGGUUACACUGAUACUUGUGUCAUCGUUAUGUAUAUUAUAACAAACCAAAAAUACUAACUUUCUUAUACAUAUUUUUAAUUACCUAAAUGGACAAAAUAAAAACCAUACACAUAUAUUUAAGAAAAAAAGAUUCUUUGUUAACUUCAACCCUUUGAUGGAAAAUCGGGCAUACUCGGUUUUAAAUAUUUUAAAAUAAUUAAACUGCUCUCCUGUAAAAUUUAGUGUUUAAGACACAUUAUUUUUGGGUUCUUAACUACUGAUAUGCAAUAUGCAGAGCAGACCAGUGGUGGUUCUGCCAUUAAAUUUUUGAGGAGGCAAUAACUUGGUAGUUGGUACCGUUCUAAAUAUAUUGUUUAGUAAAUAUAUUUUUUCUUUCAAAACCUGCUUCACUUUCACUAUUUAUUGUAAUUAACAGAAACUAGUAAGUUACUAUUAUUUGUUAAAUUUUCUUCGAGAUAUUUAUUUUUUAAGAAAAUGACUUAUCAAAAAACUUUUUGGAAUCAUGUGUUCGAAAAUGUUACUUUGCCCUUAUUUCUAUCGCUAGGAGCGGUUCUAGAAUUCGAAUUUCACGUGAGCACCUUUAAAAAUUCCAGGAAGGGAACGAUAGAUUGAUCGAAAAUUAGCAUUAGAUAUACAGACUAAAGUACUUAAGUACAAGUACAUAAUAAUAAGAAUUGUAGGUAUACAUAGUGGUGCGAAGAAGCUUAUGGUUUUACAAAGAUGUUUAUUUUAUUUUUUUUUAUGUGCGCAACUAUAAGCGUUCGAAUGAUUAUUUCAAUUCAGCCGCUGAACCAAGGCCGCCAACGAAGGUGACGGUUAUUGUAGUCUCCACAGAGAAUCACUCAUGCGAUUACUCUGUUUAUAUCACGAAAUUCUACGAGAAACAACGAUUUCUAUCGACUAUCAGAAUCAAUAGUGUUUUCGAAAUUCCGGAUUAUUUUUGCACGUGACAUUCCGGAAAUUUCUGGUCCGAGGUAUAUAAGCGUCUGCGUAUUUUUGUUUUUCGGGUUUUUACUGUCCAGAAUAUUUUGGUCUGAGCAUUUAUUUUUCUGGUUGUUUACAAUCCGUACGUUUAUAGAGUUUCGUAUUCCGGAUUUUUACAGUCCGCUGUUUUCUUGCCCGUCAAUUUACAUUUCAGAAUUUUACAGUUCGUACGAUUUUUUUUUUGGAACUUUCUAACCAUCCAUUUUUAUAUUUUUUUGUUAUGCAAAUCACCUACAGUACAUUUCAUGAAACUAGCGACUCCGCAGUGGCGCUUCCGGUGGUAGAUUUUCGUGAGGGUUUCGUAAACGUGUGACUAAAAAAGCGCGGUAAUUUAAAAUGUGUUAUAAUUAUUGUAAAUAUUAAUGUUAAAAUAUCAAAAGAAAAUGUAUAUUUUAGUAUAUUAUAAUAAAUAAUAUAAUGUAUAAUAAAAUAUAUUAUACAAUAAAUAAAAUAAUUACUUUUAUUCAUAUUUUUUAAAAACCGUGCAGUAUUCCAAAUUGCUGCGUAUUGUGUGCAAUUUUGAGAAACCGUGAAACACCAACAUUUUACCACCGGAAGCGCCACUGCGGAGUCGCUAGUUUCGUGAAACGUACUGUAGUUGGUAAAAUUGAUUCUCCUAUUCUUUUCUCCCUUAUUAAUUUUAAAGUCCUAUCUCGAUUCACUUGAUUCCAUACUCAAAUCCAUAUUCCCCGUUCAUUUUCUAACUUUCUUGAAAACUCACCCAUCAACCGUAUAAUGCAGACCGCUAACUGUAUUCUCCCUUCCUUUUAUACUUAAUUUUCAAUGUUAGUACCUUGUCCCGUAUUAAAUAUAAAUAAAUAAAUAAAUAAAUAUGGAAUUCUGAUAAGUGCAGUCAAUCAUUCGAUAUUAAUUUGCCGUAGCUCGUAGGCAGCAUCAGUAUUACACAAAUAUAGAUAAUAAAAUUAUUAUCUAUACCUGUGGCAGUAUAUAAAUGCACGUAUAAUGUAUAUACCCAUACAUGUUUAUGAAAAUAUUUUCCAUAACAAGCUCCUUAUCUAAAUAUUUACAAACAAGUGGCUUAUAUUUUUUAAAAUGUCAACAAAUGGUUGAAGGUACUAUCAAAUAGAAAAACUCCGACGAGAUAUGGAAAAUUUAAAAAUGUUCAUAGAAAUGUACAGUGCAUAAUAAUUGAUUUAGAGAUUAAAAAUACUGAAGAUAAACAAAUUAAGAAAGAUUUAGAAAUGUGUAAUAUUCUAGACUGGUUUUAAAAUAAACGUGUUGGAAGAAAAAAAAAAAUAGCUGAUAUUGGAGACGGGUGCAGCUACUGUUGUAGGUGAGAAGUUAGAUACAUUAAAAAAACGCAGGAUACAUAAAGUUAUAUGAUUUAUAUCUGUACUCAAAGAUAAACUAUUUCUAACGAAAAACAAUUCGGAGCGAAGUUCGGUAGGAAAUAAAAACUAAUGCAUUCAAACUCAAAUUUUUUUUAAAAUCACUAAGUACAACUUACAAUGUACCUUGUGAACAUUUUGCAAACAUUUCUUUUAAGUCGUUUAAUUUUAAUAAAGAUGUCAAAUAAAAAUAUAUUGUCUAAAAACAAGAAAAUAUCAAAUACCUAUAAAUAGCUUACAAAUAUUCAGAAUGUUUUGGAAAUGUUAUCACGUCUACUUAAAAUUGUUGGUAACGAAUUAACUUUUAAUUGUAUCAUACAUAGCGUUGUUUGGAAAGUCCCUUUUAAAAAUGGUUUCGUUCUCGUUUCUCAUUCCUACUUUGAAAAAGGCACGCGUUCCCGUUCCUCGUAUUUUUUUUCAUUUUUCGUUUCUUAAAAAGAAUUUUGUUCCUAUAACUGAUCUUUGCUAUUUUUUUUUUUUUUUUUUUUUUUAAUACCUAACCCAANUUCUAUUAAUUUUUUUAAAUUCUUUCUAUGAAAAUAUCAUAAACUAAUUUGCUUUGGAAAUAUACACAUAUUUAAUAUUAAAGGUUUUUAUGAGUUUUUCAUUAGUCACUAGUGUAAAUACUAAAUUUUCGUAAAAAAAAAAAAUAAAAAUAAAUUGUAGUGUGAAUUAAUAAAGACUAUCAAAAUCGGAAACUAUUUUUACUCCUUAGAAAUUAUUUAAUUUGUUUUUAUCGUUUUAUGAAUUUUUUUUUCUAUAAUAGGAGGAACGGAAAUUGGCGUUUAUGUUCCUCACAAAUAGGAACUCUUUCCCUUUUCUUGUUCUUGUAUUUUAAACGCGCUUCUUUCCAACAUAUGUAUAAGUGCUUACUAUAUCUUAAACGGUACCUAUAGGCAAUUAUAAUACAAACAAAAUGUUUAAACAGACCUAAACAAACUUAAGUUUUGCCGUCUUUUACAUGUGAAACACUACAUUAAACAGGUUAUUUUUGUAGAUAAAUAAUAUUAUAAUAAACUUAAUUUCGUUUUAUCGGUAAAAUAUGAUUAUGCUAGUUAAAAUGGAAAUGAUAACGAACGCGAAGUCGAUAAAAAACUGUUGGGAGGACACCGCAACUUGCCAUAAGCGUAGCACGCACGUUUAUAUUAUUUGCCUGAUUACUCCGACCGAAUAUUAUAUUUUAUACAAUUUGUUUUAUAAAUUAUUAUUUUUUAUAAUAAAAUAAUAAUGUAAAAACAAAAUUAUUAAAACGGUUAAUACUCGUAAAUAAAUAUAGAAAUAAACAAUUUAAACAAUUUUUAUUAUUUUUGAAAUUUUGAACCCUGCUAAGUGGUAACUUUCCGAUAUCGAUUUGUAGUAGCCCAUAGGCAGUAUCAGCAGUGCACACAUUUAGAUGAUAAAUUACUAUCGAAAUCUGCGGCACGUAUAUACCCAUACAUGUUUAUGAAAAUAUUUUCCAUAACAAGCUCUUUAUCUAAAUAUUUAUAAACAAGUGGCUUAGAUUUAUUAAAAUGUCAACAAAUGGUUGAAGGUUCUAUAAAACAAAUAGAAAAACUCCAGCAAGAUAUGGAAAAUACAAAAAUGGCACAUGAUAAGUUCAUAGAAAAGACACAAUGCAUAAUAAUUGAUAUAGAGGUUGAAAAUAUCGAAUAUGAUAAAAUUAAGAAAGAUUUAGAAGUGUGUGCCAAGACCAGUUUAAACGUAAACCUAUACAAUACCUAUAAAUAGCCUAAAAAUAGAAUGUUUUGAAAAUGUUACCAUGUUUACAAAAGGCCAACAUGAGUGUUUUAUGAAAAUUAAAAGGUCUGUACACUAGUUUUUAACCGAAUAGUAAAAGAAAACCCAAAUACCUUAUACUUUGCAUUAUUUUUUACGUUUGUUCCCGAUUUUUGGAAACUAUUAGGAAAACUAUACGGAAAAUCAAACGACUUUCUUACUUACAAAGUAGACGAAAUUUUCUUUAAGAAAGUAUUCUAUUCUUGAAUAUUGGACGAAAAUUACCAAUGGAAUAGUAUAAUCUUAAACAUUUUAAUCGUUGUGCUGUAAUUUGAAAAAAAAAAAGUAUUUUUUGUCUUUUUGGUUUUUCUCUAAUUAAAUUGAAAACUACUUUAGGUAUAAAUGACUUUCUCUAUCAGUUGUUAGAUAUUAAUUGGAUCAGAAUCGAUCUUUAGUCAUUUUUCAUUGGAGCAAAAUUUUCGGUACACUAAAUCAUUUGCAACAAUUAAAAUAUCUAAACUGGGACGCCAAGUUGCUGUAAAUAUUAAUAAAUUUUAAUUUUUUGGUGUUUCACAAUUGUUCUGAAAACUACUUAGUAUAUUAAAAAACGUCUUGCUUUAUCAGUGGCUAUAUAUUAAAAGGAACAAAUCAAUUUUUGUCAUUUUUCGAUUGGAGCAAUUUGUAGUAGAAAACAUAUUUUGUAAAAAUUAAAAACAAUGAAAUCAGUAACACCGCGGCGCGUAGUAAAUAUUUUCCGUUUUACCAAUAAUGUUCUUUCAGCCUUUUGCCAAUUACUUAGAAAACCCCUUAGAUAAUCAAAAUAAAACAAAAUUACCUUACAGAAAAUACAUUAAGUUUAUUGUAAAACGCCUAACCAUUAUAGUAUUGUUAUUUUUUUCGUAGUAUGUAAGCACUAGAAUAUGUACACUGUUAUGCCAUUUUUAUUCUACAUUUUUGGCAUUUUUUGCACCUUUUUUUUUUUCACAUUUCAACGACAUAAUGGUUUUUCAAUGUUCGUACGCCGUUUUUCGCGUAACGAAAUAAUUUUUUUUAGAUUAGAUCAUUUUUUUAUUUUUUCUAACUUUGGCACAGCUCUAUUAUUUUUUUAAAAUAUUAAUUUGCUCGGUUAUUGACCAUGAUUGUUUUAAACAAAGUUAAUUAUGCGCUUAUUCGCGGUUAUCGAAUCAUUUUUUUUUUUAAAUUCACAAGCUAUGCGGUUAAAUUAAAAAAAAAUGCUAUUUUUAUUAUCUAUCCUCUGACUCGUGGAUUGAAAAAACAAAACAAAAGAAUAUUGUAUAUCGAUUAAUAUAAAACAUAAAAAAUAAAAAAAUCAUUGAUUUGUCCCAAUGUAAAAUUAUAAUGUUCUUUACAACGAACAAUACUUGGAUUUUUUUGGACCACAAAAUAACUGAAAAAAUCAAUUAUCGUUAUAUUAUUCGUUUUUAUUGUUACAUUCGUUUUUUUCAUGAAAAUUUUCAGUAAAGUUUUGGGUAUCAAUAUUUACAUCAAGUUUGGGUAUCAAGUUUACAUAACAUGUCUUUGGUUUCAGGAAAGAAGGCUUUACUUUUUGGAAUUUUUGUUUAUAAUUUUUCCGCAUGCAAUUUAUUUUUUCAAAACAGCCAAGUGUAUAUAUUAUACAUAUAUACUCGUAACACACGUUAUACUGCAAAUUAAAAUAUCACAAGUCGAUGUACUUUUUGUUUGGUAAAAUUUCAAAGAAUUAUACGACCUAAGCCAUUUAUAAGAACGUUGGAUUCGGGUCAUUAUGUAAUUUGGCAAUUAUAAAAAUUGAAUUUGCCCGUAUUGAAGUCUACAAAUAAUUAACUCAAGCCAUUCUACCCAGGCGCCAAAGAUAAUACACUGAAAAUCGCUAAUACUAUUGAGCUAACGUUAUGUUUGUCGAAUUUUGUUUUGUUCACCUAUAGAGAUACACCCCAAAGAAGACUCGAACAUGUUUUUUUACCUAUGGAUAUCGGCGUCCGUGUUCAGUUCGCUGUAUUCCUAUAUCUGGGACAUAAAAAUGGACUGGGGACUUUUCGACCGUAACGCCGGAGAGAACAAAUUCCUCCGCGAAGAGAUCGUGUAUUCUUCGACGGUAAGGAUUGUGCCGACAAAUCGCACGCGAGCAAAAACAAUAACUGUAGUAUAGAAAAAAAUGUCCACUACUAUAAAUACGUAAUUUUUAACAUUAUCGAUUGUUGUAAUUUCAAUAUUUCAAUAUUUUAGUUGCUUAACGCAGUGCUGACGUGGCACUUUAUUAUUGUUAUUAUUAUUAUUUUUUUUUUCGGUUGAAACAGUUUCAAUAUAAAGUUGUGAAAAACCGCAUCCUAAAAUUCCAGAAUAAUCAAGAGCUAUUAUUAAAAAAGGCUAUUAAGACGUUCCUGUUUGUUUCGUUAACACACGUGUAAUGAAUGAUGAUUGAUUACUAAACAUAUACUCACCCCUCCCAUGUAAUUUGGCUUUGAAGCGUCUACUUUUUAUAAGGAUACACGUUUACGCCGCUACUGGUUCGAACAAUUUUAAAUUUCACAUUUAUAUUAAUCGGCGGCAUGAGACCGUUUUCCGCUGGCGAUUAUUAUGGCUAUUAUUGGAUAUCGAAAAGUUAUUGGCGCCUGCGGAAAUUAUCUAUAUAGUUUCUAUACUUUUCAGAUUAGCACUAAAAUUUUGAAAAAAAUAUAAUUUCUCUUAUGAUAACGGUUUUUCAGGUGUUAUACUUACCUAAUAUUAUUGAUUUAUUUCCAGGCGUUUUAUUACAUCGCGAUCGUCGAAGAUUUUGUUUUGCGUUUCGGCUGGGCACUGUCAAUGUCGCUGACCGAAAUGGGUUACGUUCAUGGCGAUCUGAUGGUAUCCAUUUUGUCACCUCUUGAAGUAAUGAGGUUAGUUCAUCGCGCGCUUAGUGUCAAAACACGUACCCAUAGAUUUUAUUUAGGCUACGGUUUAAUUUUUUUUUUUUCCUUUUAAUUAUAAUUAAUGUACGCGCUAUGCUAAAUGCGACAGUUUGAUUUCCUUUUACGGUCAAACCGUUUUCGUUAAUGUAUAGGUAUUCACAUUCCUCAAGUUUCGUAGUAUAGCAGCUGCAGGUAAUCUAUUAUUUUUGGUUUAAAAUGCGAUUAAUUGAGAAGUACGCGGGUCCGUCCGAAUUCGGUAUAUCGAUACUUACAAUUCGUCCACUUCUAUUCAGAUUAAUAGGCUAUAGGUAUUACUUAUACGCGGCCAUCCAUAAACAUUGAACAAAUAUCAAAUUAAUUGGUUCGAGCCGUUUAUGUACAUUUUGUCCAACAAAGUCGACUAAUGUGUUCAACUAUCUACCUGUGUGCGCAUAAGACGGUCAUUUUGCCGCGAUCAAGCGAUUAUCUACGAAGACUGACUAAAGUAGAUUUCGAAUUUUUUUAAUUAUCAUGUAUGGAAUCUCGUUUAAUGAUAUUAUAUUUACGAUGUUUUCAAAAUAAUUCAAUUCGUAUUCGGCUGUGACACCAGUUAAACGUUUGAUUUCCAAAUAGUUUUAUCGAUCCGAAAAGACAAUAUUAUAUUUCUAAACAUUUCGAUGGGCACAAUUUAAAUUACAGCAGGAGGAGCAAAGAGAGUUCAUUAUUCGUCGUCUAUCGUGAAUAAGUAACUCGCAUUUCAUCCUGCAUACCUAAAUGCUAAUCGAUUUUUUUUUCUAAUAUUAUCAUAAAAAACAAUUGAAAUAUUGAAGACAUUUUAUAAACGUAUUCGUAUUAGGUACCUGUAUUACGUAUUUUUGGAAAUCAUUGAUACACGAUACACAGUUAAGGUCUAACCUAUACGUACGUCUUUAGGGAGCCAAUUAAGUUUAACAAACUUAUUAACAUUGUGCGGCCGUGAUCGGAGGUGUUUUGAGUACUUAUCUACCUACCAGAAUUAUUAUUUCCUUAACGAAUUAACGGAUAUUUCCUUAACGAAUUAUCCGGUACGUAUUUAUAUUUUUACCGAGUCGUACGUUAUUUUUACAUUUAUUUCGGAUUGUAUUUUGAUUUCCAGGGUUUUUAUGGUAUAAGUAUCAUUACGUAACCGAGAAAAUAUACGAAAUUAAGGAUUUUUUUUUUUAUCAGUUUAUUUACAUUUAUCAUAUAUUAACUAAAUAAAAAAUAAAAUGUUAUAUUACAUCAAAUACCGUUUUUUGUUCCGGUUCAGCAGUCCAUUACGGUUUUUACGCAAACAAAUACUCAUCUUGUCGUUUGUUUCGAAUAGAUACCGAUGACUUUGACAUCCACGUAUCACUAACCAUUGAGCUGAUUAAAGCAUUUAAAUUGACACCAAUUUAAUUAGUUACGUUUAAACUAUUUCGCAUAUUAUUUAAUCUUGAUGUGUUUUACAUACAAGCGUAGGCAUAAAAUACCUAAUUAUUAUUUGCACGCGUUGACCAGGCGUGGUUUAUACCGUUCAGUCGGUUAUUUUUAUCUUGUAUAUUAAACCGUAUAAGAAAUUUUUGAGAAAGAGAGUAAGAGGUGCAAAUAGAUUUUACAGAGAGAAAAAAAGGAAAUACAUAAACUAAUUACUACAGAAAACAGAGUAGAAUUGUAUUACUCAGGGAAAAGUUCGAACUUUUUUUACAACAAUUGAAAAGUACUAGUAAUUCAACCCAAAAUUAAAAGCCAUAAAAGACAAAACCAAUAAAAUACUGAUGAAUCCACAAAUGAAAGCAUCUAGAUGGUAAGAGUAUUUUGAAGAAUUGCUAAAUGAGGAGGUUCCAGAAACACCAAUACCAGCCUGAAAAGACCAAAGAGCGGAACAAAUAAUAGACGAUAUAAUAUUAGAUACAACUAUAAGAGAGCUUUUAACCGGCUCAAAAACUGGAAAGCCCCUGGGUAGAACGGGAUAGAAUUUUGAACUCAUUUACCUCGUACAGUCUGAAAUAACGAUAACUUAUAGUUUUAAUUUAUCAUGGUAGAGAUCUGGCGUUAAAAAAAAUCCAAGAAUUAGUACUAUAAAGGCACCAUCAAAAAUACAAGGUAAAAAAAAAGGGGGUUAAUUAAAAAAUUAAGAUUUUAGAUUAUUAUGAGAUAAAACAGCGCGUGAAUACAAAUGACGGCGAGCAUAAAUGUGAAGAUCUAAAAGAAUAGGUAUUAACAGAUAUAACAGAUAUCUAUUGCUAUUCAUUAAUUUGGAUAACCAAUUAAUUCAAUUGACGUAUCUAUAAGAAAGUUUUUAAUACGAUUAAAAAAAAAAAAUUGUAAUUAACGUACUGCUAUUAUUUUGUUUAAUUAAUAAAUCUGUGCAAUUGUAAUGGUUGAUCGUGAAUCUCAUAUAAUUCGCGUUAAAUUAGUCAAGUGUAAGGGCGUCCACAGGGGGGCCGGGAGCCCUGCUCCCACGGUCAUGAAUGAAAGUCUAGUAAUUUAGAUAUAAUUAUGUUUUUUUUUUUUUUUUACCUUAAUAAUUGGUAUAAUUUUGGAUCUUACCCGUUUCCCUGCUUGAAAUACAGUAUUGAUAAUCUACAGAAAAUCAAAGAAACAAGUAGCUCUACAAUUUUACAUCGGCGUUAUUUUUUGUCACUAUUAUUUUUGGGGAUUAAACCACUACUUACAUUUGAUUUUCAAAUACUUAUAUCAACCUACAUUACAAACUCCAUAAAUAGUUGGAGUCUACUUUAAUUAAACUUUGAUGUUGAUAUUUUUAAUCUUCAUAUACCCGUGGACGAGAUAUUCCACUUUUAAGCUGGCCGUUUUGUUGGUUGGGGGAGAGGAGUGGAGCUCUCUUCAAACGCUGAUUGUCAUACAAAUUAUGCUCCAUUACUUUCGUUCUGCCCAAAUUUAAAAGUGGAAUAUCUCAUAAAAGAUUUGACGAAAAUUACAAAAUGUUAACAUCAAAAUGUAUUUAAACUGAACCUUAAUUCAUUUAUGAAAUUUGUAUUAUAGGUAGCUAUUUGAACAUAAAAAGAGGGUAGUAGUUUUACUCCCUAAAAUAAGAGUGUUAAAAAAUAACGGGAAUGUAACAUUGUAGAACGGCUUGUCUCUUUUUUUUCAAAAAUCAAAUAUUGAAAAAAGUUAAUACUUUUCGAGGUAAUCUAAUUUGUAUACUAAAGCAAGUCACACCAGGAAAUUAUAAAUCCAUAAUUUUAGUCUGGAAAAUUAAAAUGUUUAUUUACGGUUUUUAAUUCAGAUUAUAACGACGGUUACUUUAAUUUAUGCCCAUAAUAAUGUGCAAUAACAAAUUUUAAAUUUAUUACUGCAUUAUACAUUAUACAAUUAUCAUCACAUCUAAAAUAGUCAUAAUUAUAUUGUAUAGUGUAUGAUGCGUAUGGGUCUCACAAUACAUUAUUUAAUGGGCAUCUUUUUAAUGUAUGCAUGUGUGUGCACUGUACAGUUUAAAAUCGUAUAUUCGUCCACUAUAUUGUAUUUUAUGCUGAUGUUAAAAUAAACUGCCAUUUGUAAUUUUUUCAUACGUUGGUACCUAUGACACGUCAAACGUCAAAAACUCAGAACCUAUAUGCGUAGGAAUGGCGCUGUAUAAAUUUCAUUAUAAAAGCACGUAAAUACAAUUUUUCAAGUGUUUAGGGGAGUACGUAUAGCGAUCAAAAAAAAAAAAAAAUAAAAAAUAAAAAAUAAUAAUGAAUCUGUAAGAAAAUUUAAUCGUUACUAUACGAUAAUGUUUCUGACGUAUAGGAUUGUUAUUCUCUGUAACGGUCGUGUUGUGGUUUUUUCUAAAAUUAUUAUUAUUAAAUCUGAGUACACACAUUUAUUACUGUGUUAUUAUCACGUGUAGGCAUGUAUAUGUAAUACAAUUUGUUAACCGUUUUCUAAGAAAAUGCGUACGAUUUAAUAGGAAACGGUAUAUUAGUGCAUUUUAUAUUACAUAUACAACUGCGUUACAUACCUUAUUCAUCAUUUUAUUGAAAAUCCGAUAUCCAGUUACGAUAAUAAAGGUAAAUUUUACGUAAACAUUUUUUUUUUUUUUCCAAAACUGUUUAAUAUCGGUUCCUACGUCAUGUCAUGAUUAUAAUCACUGAUUAGGCGCGUGCUACGCGCGUUAGCAUUAUAAUAAACACCGAAGAAAAAUACCAAUAAUAUUAUGUUUCGCGAUAUUAACAUUUACCUUCAGUAAAUCGCAUAACGAGCAAAUAAAUGCUAUUACGGAGUAACGAGUAUACUAAAAUCAAAACAGGUAUCACUCAAAUCGAAAAUUAUAAUAUACAAGGUAAUUAUCAGACCAGUCCUUUUAUAUGCGUGUGUGAAAUAUGGCCAACGACUAAAGGAGACGAAGACAAAUUAGCAAUACUCGAAAGAAGAAUAUUUGGGCCAAAAAUAAAUAACAUGACACGACAAUAUGAGAAAAGAAAUAAUAUAGAAAUACAACAAUUAUAUAAAGAGCCAGACAUAGUAGCAGUAUUAAAANUCUUAUGAAAGAGGUUUUAAAAUGGAAACCCCAGGGAAAAAGACCACUUGGCAGGCCGAAACAAAGGUGGAUUGACAAGGUGAAGAAGAAUUUAGCAGAGAUUGGAAUACGAGAUGGAGAAACAAUAGCACAGGACAGAGACAGAUGGAAGCAAGUUCGUGUUGCGGUAAUGGGCCUCAAUGGCCUUUAAAAAACCGAUGAAGAAGAAGAAGAAAUCGCAUAACGUUACGUAUUCGUUUUCGAAACGGUAGGCGUUUUCAAUGAACUCCACAUUGAUGAUUCACCAAAAUCACGGCUGUAUGGUAAAUUCCACACAACAUGUAUUUCUCGAUUUAAGUAUUUAAAAUCGUCGUAUAAGUACAUCGAAAUCGUCCAGGUGUAAAGUUAUAGAAAAAAAAAAAAAAAACGAAAUUUAUCGAGUAAAUAGAAGAUAUCGUUCUAUAGUAGCAUAUCAUUAAUAUUUAUAAACAUAAACUAACAGAAUUUUUUGUCGCGUCUAAUUGUUGUUUUAGAUUAAGAUCGAAUCUAGAAAUGUAUUACGGUAUUUAAUAGGUGCGGUGUUUUUUCUGUCUAUAAACAAUUUUUUCUUUUCUUUUUAUCAGGUUAUAAUCAGAUUAUCAACUUUUCCAUGGUAAUUUUUCUGAUAGACGAUUUCCUCUAUAGACAAUGCGUUGAGGGAGUAUUUUUUUUUUAAAUUUUUUUCGUUGUUUUUUUAAUAAUUGGGAAAAUUCGGUAAAAUUGUCGAACAGAAAUGAUUUAUUCGCUUUCGCUUUACAGUAUACAACUUACCUUCCCAACUUACCCGCGAGCAGUAUGCUCUGCAGUACGACGAUCGUAGUAAUCACGUACAAAAUGUGUACUGAUAACUUUAGAUUCUGAGUGGAGUGAAAAAGCUUACGAUGUUUAUUUUAUUUAUUAAUUUUUUUAUGGUCAACUUUUCUGUCAACAAUUUUGCUCCAAUUUAUAACGAUAGCAUUUUUUCUAAAAGGAAAUCUGACUAGGGAGAUACUUCCCGAGAGUUUUCUUAAUAAAUGGGAAAUCGAGAGAACGGGAAAAUAGAUACAGUAUUAAACAAACAUAACUAAAGAAAAUGUUUAAUACAUAUAUUCAAUUAUUUCACCAUAAUAUGACGUAUAUAUAUUGUUGAUAAAGCAACAUUAUUAACCGAACUCCGCUCAAAAUCGUUUUUUCGUUAGCAACGGUUAAUCGUUGCUUACAUAUGUACAUUAAAUUACCGUCUGUAUCCUACUUUCCCAACUUUUCACCUACGACGGUGGCUGCAUCCAUCCCCAGGACAACUUUUUUUUUUUUUUUUUUUUUUUAUCGCCACGCGUAUGUUUUAUUGGUUUGUGUUUUUGUGCUCCUUUGUAAAUACAGCGAACUAAAUAUAAUAAUCUAAUGUAUGCUUGCUUGUUUGUUUCUGCAGAAGGUUCGUGUGGAAUUUCUUCCGGCUGGAAAACGAACACCUGAACAAUUGCGGUCGGUUUCGGGCCGUCCGGGACAUAUCGGUGGCGCCAAUCGACAGUUCGGACCAGACGCACAUCCUGCGACUGAUGGACGAGCCGCUGAUGCCGCACGACCUGAACCGGAACAGGCGGAACAAGGCGGUGGGCAUCGGCAAGAAAAUACCCAACCUGACGUUCCAGCCGAGCCGGUCGGUCGACGAACAGGUGGCCUGUUCCGGCGACCGGCUCAUAUUGGCCAGCCUGGGCACGCGCUGA